AUGGCUCAAGACUCUGCUUCGAUGAACCCGACUGGUGAGCCGACAGGCCCCAAGGUGGACGUUCCCCCUGCGAACAACCAGAAUGCCGGACAGGAUGCCGCUGCACCUCCGAAGGUGAAGAGUGAAAAAGAGUUGGAGAAGGAACGCAAGAAGGCCGAGAAAUUGAAGAAAUUCCAAGAAAAACAGGCAAAGGCCGCCGCGAAGCCCACCGCUCCUAAAGCCGAGAAGAAGGUCGCCAAGGUCGAGAAGGAAAAGACAACUGAUGCAUAUGACCCCAAGACCAUCGAGGAAGGCCGGUACCAAUGGUGGGAGGAGCGUGACCUGUUCAAGCCCGAAUUCGGCCCUGAUGGCAAGGUCAAGCCUGAGGGCUACUUUGUUAUCCCGAUUCCUCCCCCCAACGUGACCGGAUCACUGCACAUGGGACACGCCCUCACGAAUGCUCUGCAGGAUACCAUGAUCCGCUGGCAGCGCAUGAAGGGAAAGACGACCCUGUGGCUUCCCGGUAUGGACCAUGCUGGUAUUUCCACGCAGAGUGUGGUCGAGAAGAUGCUCUGGAAGAAGGAGAAGAAGACCCGCCACGACCUCGGACGUCAGGCUUUCCUGGAGAGAGUUUGGGAUUGGAAGCACGAAUACCAUGGGAACAUCGGAAAUGCCCUGCGAAGAGUCGGCGGUUCAUUCGACUGGACUCGCGAGGCUUUCACCAUGGAUGCCAACCUGUCCGCGGCCGUCACCGAGACUUUCGUCCGUCUCCACGAGGAGGGUAUCAUCUACCGUGCCAACCGCCUGGUCAACUGGUGCGUUGCGUUGAACACUUCCCUUUCCAACCUCGAGGUCGACAACAAGGAAAUUGAAGGACGCACUCUUCUCGAUGUCCCUGGGUAUGACAGGAAGGUCGAGUUCGGUGUCCUGACUCACUUCUGCUACGAAAUUGAUGGCUCCAAAGAGAGAAUUGAGAUCGCUACGACCCGUCCUGAGACCAUGAUUGGUGAUACUGGCAUCGCCGUCCACCCUGAUGACAAGCGCUAUAAGCACCUGAUCGGCAAAUAUGCGCGCCAUCCCUUCGUUGACCGCCUGCUUCCCAUUGUUGCUGACUCCGAGGUCGACCCUGAAUUCGGUACUGGUGCCGUGAAGAUUACGCCCGCUCACGAUUUCAACGAUUUCAACCGCGGAAAGGCUCACAACCUGGAAUUCAUCUCUGUCCUGAACGAUGAUGGUACCUUCAACAAGAACGGCGGUCCAUUCGCUGGCACAAAGCGAUUCGACGCUCGUUACAAGGUCAUUGAGAUGCUGAAGGAGAAGGGAUUGUAUGUGAAGUGGGAGCACAACCCCAUGAAGAUUCCCCGUUGUUCUAAGUCCAACGACGUCAUUGAGCCGAUUCUCAAGCCGCAAUGGUGGAUGAAGAUGGAGAGCCUUGCCGAGCCUGCUAUCAAGGCUGUCGAGAAUGGCGAUAUCAUCAUCCGGCCCGAGUCCGCAGAAAAGAGCUAUUUCCGUUGGAUGCGGGGUCUCAAUGACUGGUGUCUGUCUCGACAACUCUGGUGGGGUCAUCAGGCGCCCGCCUACUUCGUGCAGAUUGAGGGAGAGGAGGGCGACGAUAGCGAUGGCAACCUCUGGGUUACUGGCCGUACCGAGGAGGAGGCCCAGAAGAAGGCUGAGACGAAAUUCCCUGGCAAGAAAUUCACUCUCAAGAGAGAUGAGGACGUGCUUGACACCUGGUUCUCCUCAGGACUCUGGCCCUUCUCCACUCUCGGCUGGCCCCGUCAGACUCACGAUUUGGAGAACCUCUACCCUACAUCCGUCCUUGAGACUGGUUGGGAUAUUCUCUUCUUCUGGGUCGCAAGGAUGAUCAUGCUUGGCCUUAAGAUGACCGGCAAGGUCCCAUUCAAGGAGGUAUACUGCCAUUCCUUGAUUCGUGACUCUGAAGGACGUAAGAUGUCCAAGUCCCUGGGCAAUGUCAUCGAUCCUCUAGACGUCAUGGAGGGUAUCAAGUUACAAGAUCUUCACGCUAAACUGCUCGUCGGUAACCUCGCUGAAAAGGAGGUCGCCACGGCUACCAAGUACCAGAAGAAAGCAUUCCCUAAGGGUAUUCCCGAGUGCGGUGCCGAUGCUCUGCGCUUCUCGCUUGUUUCUUACACUACUGGUGGGGGUGAUAUUGCAUUUGACAUCCAGGUCAUUCACGGUUACCGCCGAUUCUGUAACAAGAUCUACCAGGCCACCAAGUACGUUCUCGGCAAGCUCGGGGACGAUUUCAAGCCGCAAGCCACCGUUUCCAAGACCGGCAAGGAGUCUCUAUCCGAGCGUUGGAUUCUGCACAAGUUCAACACCGCCGCUAAGGAGGUCAACACGGCUCUUGAGGACCGUGAAUUCUCCAGUGCCGCCUCCACAAUCUACCAGUACUGGUACGCCCAGCUCUGCGACGUGUUCAUCGAAAACUCGAAGUCUCUUCUCGCUCCGGAGCUGCCUGAAGAAGUACAAGGGUCCGCCAAACAAACCCUGUACACUGCUCUGGAGGGCGCUCUGACCCUUAUUCAUCCCAUCAUGCCUUUUGUUACGGAAGAGUUAUGGCAGCGCCUGCCCCGUCGACCCGGUGACAACACCAUCUCAAUCAUGAAGGCUAGGUUCCCAGAGUACAAGCCUGAGUUCGACGACGUUGAAGCCGAAACUGCCUACGAGCUGAUCCUUAACACCUCCAAGGCCAUUCGUUCGAUCCUUUCUAACUACGAAGUCAAGACGAAGGGCGACAUCAUCGUGCAGACCUACGACGCCACCAGCUUCAAGACUGUCUCAGACGAAUUGCACAUCGUUAAGUCGCUUGGUGGAAAGACCCUUGGUGAGCUAAGUGUUCUCGGGCCUGAAAACACCACUCCCCCUCCAGGUUGCGUUGUGUCCGCUGUUGGCUCAGAAGCCGCAGUCUAUCUUCGUGUGUCCAAGGAGGUAGCCCUUGAACAAGAAGAAAAGGCCAAGGCCAGCCUGGAGAGGGCUCGUGAGGGUGCUCAGCGUCAAGCUGCCCUGGUCAGCAAUGCUGGGUGGAAGGAGAAGGCAAAGCCUGAAGUCCGCGAGCAAGAAGAAAAGAAACUCCGAGAUGCCGAGAGUGAAAUUGCUCGGCUGGAAGAGCAGAUUCGUGAAUUCGAGAAGCUGCGGUUGGAGUAG